AACACAGAGAAAAUUACUAUUGUCAUACAUAUAAAUUACCAACACAAACAAGUUUUCAGCUCACUACAAGAAUUUAAUAAUAAUUUUAAUCGCUACAGAAGAAGAAGAUCUCGUCGUUAUGCUUAGAGGUUGGGUUUUACGAAGAUGGCUUCAGAAGAGCAGUAUUCAACACAUAUCAUCGGUGGGAUUUUCCAGAGUGUCACAGUUGAUGCCUCGAGGUGUUUCUCAGGGUAGUGUGGUGCCUUGCCAGCUGUGUGGAUACACCCAACCAUCAUUUUUACAUGUUGCAUCAGUCCUGUAUAAGAAGCGAAAAGGAAAAGAUGAAAAAAAAGCUGUGAUGGUGAAUCCAAAGGGCAUCAAGGAGAAAAGUCAUGUUGUCAAUAUCUGGAAGAACAUGACUGUCCAGGAGCUGGCUGAUGCAAUUAAGAGAGAUUUAGAUACAUUAUUUGAAAUCUUUAUUUAUGUGGAGGAUAGUGAGGAGUAUGACAGGCCCGAUGCAGCAAUAGACAACCUGAAGGUGAUACAGAAUGCUGUUAAAAGAGCUGGUCUGCGAUUCAGGCUUGCUAGCCCACCAGACAAGAUAGAAAUGACAAAGGAGAGUAAAGAUGCUUUUAGAAGACCUCCACCUGAUGAAAGUGAACUUGUUCGUCGACCUCCUGUUGUAACUAUAAUGGGACAUGUCGAUCAUGGCAAGACUACUUUGCUGGAUGCUCUGAGACAUUCUGCCAUUGUUGACACAGAGUUUGGAGGAAUAACACAACAUAUUGGAGCAUUUUCUGUACGGCUUGACUCUGGUGAGAAAGUAACAUUCCUGGAUACACCUGGGCAUGCAGCCUUCAGGGAGAUGCGUGCACGGGGAGCAACAGUGACGGACAUAGUGGUGCUGGUGGUGGCAGCUGAUGAUGGUGUCAUGGAACAGACAAAGGAAUCCAUUCAUCAUGCUCUAGAAGCCAAUGUAUCGAUUGUUGUGGCUAUCAAUAAGAUUGACAAACCUGGAGCUAAUGUUGCCCAGACACGAGAUAUGUUGCUUCAGCACGGGUUGCAGCUGGAAGAUCAUGGAGGAGAUAUUCAAGCUGUGCCAAUUUCAGCUCUCAAAGGACAAAAUCUCAACUUACUUGUGGAAGCCAUCGUUACUCAAGCAGAACUACUGAAUCUAUGUGCUGAUCCGCGUGGUUUAGUAGAAGCUGUUGUUGUGGAGUCUAGACUUGAUCUAGGAAGAGGAAAGGUAGCUACAUGUAUCAUACAGAGAGGCACCUUAAGCAAAGGAGCAGUGUUGGUUGCGGGCACUGCCUGGUGCAAAGUACGCAAUUUGUUUGAUGACGCUGGACAACCAGUGAAGGCUGCCCCACCAGCCACGCCUGUCCAGGUUAUUGGAUGGAAAGAAUUACCAGCAGCUGGCGAUUUAGUGCUGGAAGUAGAAUCAGAGCGAUGUGCUUCAGAGGUGGUCGAGUGGAGGAGGAAAGAAGAAACAAAGGAGAAACAGGAGCAGCAGCAAGAGGCAAUCCAAGAGAAGCUAAAUGAGCAUCUCGCAGUGUACAAAGCUCAGUUGGAAGAGAAAAGAAGAUUGGGUAUCAGGUUACUUUGUGUAAUGGAGAAGACUGUGGUCUUUGUCGAUGGCCAAGGAUCAAUAUACACAUUUAACACUGAAAUACCAGCUGAUGUUCAGAAAAUGGCUAAAGAUGAAGGAGUGUCUAUCAAGAAGAACAAUGUGAUUUAUCAUCUUGUAGAAGAUCUGAAAAUAGAGAUAUCACAAAAUUUGCCGCCUAAAGACAUAGAAGAAAUUUUAGGUGAGGCAAAUGUAAUCGAAGAGUUCCUGAUAACAGAACGCAAAAAGAAGGUCCCAGUUGCUGGUUGCCGAUGUGUCAGAGGGGUUCUCAAAAAAGAAGCACUUUACAGAGUCAUAAGAGGACAAGAUAUUAUUCACGAGGGGUUGUUGUCAUCAAUGUACCAUAUUAAGUCAGAAGUGGCCACUAUUACUAGGGGCAAGGAAUGUGGACUCAAGUUUGUGGAUGAAUUGUUAAGGUUUCAGCCUGGAGACACACUAGUCUGUUACCAAAUGAACAAGGUUUCACAGGUCACAGACUGGGAUCCAGGCUUCUAGACAAACUCUAGCAAUCAUGUAACAAUUAUGUAGGGUAGGGUAAAAGCAUGAUGAUAAUGUACCAGAAAUCAUGUACUGUAAUAAACUUGAUUCAGUUCAAUACGCAAGAAAUUUUUGUAGUCAUACCCAUACAAGAAACAGUGUAACAGAAUUGAUUGCCUUUUCAUGUUGGCAUAAUACUAAUACCAAUACUUAAAGAAAGUUUAAGCUUAAAAACAAAGGUUAUCACAUUUUCCAUAGGUAUCAAUCAUUAAACAAAAAAGCCAAAUUUGUUUGUGCUGCUAACACAGAAUAUGAUUAAAUAUUUUUAGCAUAGAACAUAUAGGUUAAGAGAAUCUUUCAAAAAAUAUUUACCAGCUUACUGAAACCAAUUUUAUUUUUUAAUGUAUGAACCUUAGUGCUUCCAUAUUAAUAUAUUCAAGUUAUUAUAUUUAGGGGAAAUGGCAAAUCCUGCAGAAUGGGGGGGAAAUGAGGUUUAAUCCAAACAAGGGAAUAAUAAUAUAAUUACAUGCCCAAGGAAAGGGAGGACAGAUGUGAUUCCUUGCAUUAUUAUUACAUUGUUGGGGGAAGCACUAAACCUGCAGAGGUCAUACAACACCUGGGGGAAAAGGAAAGCAUUCAGACUUUAUGCAAGGAAUUGGAGAACACAUCCAAUUCUUUAGAUCUAGAGCCACUCGCAAGCAUCAAAGAGCCUUCCUAGAGGUUUCCCCUGAAUUGA